AUGACACUCCUAGCUCACUACGUCACAGCUGCUGGCGGUGCUGAUGGGACGAUAAUAAGUAAUUUGCGUUAUUUCUCGAUAACUCGAGCCCAUAUGGAAAAGCAAAUCAACCAAUUAAAAGUAUUGGUGAGGGAACUUUUGACAUCAACUGCAGCUGGUUUAUCCCAUCAGCUGAAAUUCAUUGAUGACAUCCAGCGCUUAGGAGUGUCAUACCAUUUUGAAACAGAAUUAGCAGAAGCGCUGGAAAAUAUUCAUUCCCGACUACAUGAUGGUGAUCUCGACCUAUACAAUGACACUCUUCGUUUUCGUCUAUUAAGACAACAUGGAUAUAAUAUUCAAGGAGAUAUAUUCAAGAAAUUCAAAGAUGCAAAUGGCAAUUUCAAGGAGAGCUUAAUUGCUGAUGUUCCGGGGAUGCUAAGCUUGUAUGAAGCAACGCAUCUUAGGGUUCAUGGAGAAGAAAUAUUAGAAGAGGCUCUUGUUUUCACCACCAAUCACCUUGAGUUGGCGAUAAGCCAAGUAAGCUGUCCACUAAAAGCACAAAUAUCUGAAGCCCUAGAAAGACCUAUGUGGAGAAGUCUAGAGAGACUAUCGGCGAGGAAUUACAUACCAAUAUACCAAGCCACGACUUCGCAUAAUGAAGCAUUACUGAAACUUGCAAAGCUAGAUUUCAAUCUGGUCCAAGCUUUAUACAAAGAGGAGCUUAGUGAGGUUUCCAGGUGGUGGAAAGAGCUAGAUUUUGAAAGGAAAAUGCCUUUUGCAAGACAUAGAAUUGUGGAGUGUUUCUUUUGGAUGAUGGGAAUGUAUUAUGAACCAAAAUACUCGGUUGGGAGAAAGAUUGGAACAAAACUGUGUGCGAUGGCUACAAUGUUAGAUGACAUCUUCGAUUCAUAUGGCACAUUUGAGGAACUCAAGAUAUUUCGCCAAGUAAUUGAGAGGUGGGAUGUCAACUGUUGCAUGGAUGACCUUCCACGAUACAUGAAAGUAUAUUAUCAUUCACUUUGUGAUGUGAUGAAUGAAAUUGAGGAAGAACUGGAAAAGCUAGGAAUGCCAGACCGAAUCCACUACGCAAAACAAGUCUUGAAGGAUCAAGCCAGAGACUACCUCGUUGAGGCCGAAUGGCUCCACGAAGGAUGUACCCUAAGCAUGGAGGAGUAUCUGCCCGUCAGAGUACAAUCUGUUGGUGUUUGUAUGACUGUAGUGUUUUCUUUACUUGGAAUGAAUGAUAAUAUUACCAAGGAAACAUUUGAGUGGGUUUUGAAGUACCCUAAAAUUGUUAUGGCUUCGAGCUUCAUUUUUAGGUUCAUGGAUGACAUUGGGGGGAGCAAGCAUGAGAAACAAAAAGGGGAUGUUGAUUCUAGUAUUGAUUGCUAUAUGAAGCAAUAUGGGGUCUCAAAGGAAGAGGCAAUUGAAGUGCUCGACAAACAAAUUGUGGAUUCAUGGAAGGAAAUAAAUGAGGAUUUACUUAGACCAACUGCUGUGCCAAUGUAUGUGCUCUUGCGUGUUAUGAAUUUCUCAAGAGACGUUGAUCUGGUUUAUAAAGGAGAAGAUGGGUUUACACAUGUUGGGAAAGUAGUAAAACAUGCUGUCGCUGCACUUUUUGGUGAUCCAUUGCCACUCGAAUGA